AAUGAUGAACCAAUGGAUCAAAUUAGGGACUCUAGUCAUCUGCCAGUAGAUGAAUGUACUGAUUCAAAUGAUGAGGUCAGCAAUGCCAUGGAGGAAGGGUGUACACUUCUGAAAGUGAAACCCUCUCGUCAUUCUGACCCACCUGAAGUACAUGUACUAGCAGUUGACCAUCAAAGAAAACAACAAGAGAACUCCGAAACCAAGGACAAGUACAAAUCCUACAUUAAAGUUUUGAGAUGGGCUGUACAACAUAACAGCACUGAUGCCCAUGAAAACCUGAUCACCAAACCAAAACCAUUACCAGCUAAGAAACCACUAUCAUGCAAAAGGAAAUUAUUUGAUUCUGAAAUUUCCAACCAAGAAUUUGCAUCACGUAGAAAGAAGACAACAUUCGACCUGGUUGUCCAACUACUUGGCCCAUCAUCAGAUGUGGAAGACUGCAUUAAGUACAGGGAAUUGAAGCUUAAACACCCCGGUCAUAAAUCCUUUAUAUCGGCUUUUGAUCAAUCUUUCUCCAAGCUACAGAUUCAGGUCAGCAAGAAAUAUUUUGCCCUGAAAGAAGAGACAACAAAAGAUGAUGGAAAGGAGAACCGGGAGAAUCUGUUAGCUGACAAGGAGAUUGCUCAAAAGCUGCUUGAUCACUGGGGAAUGUACUACUUUUAA